AUGUCGGAAGAAGACCAAGGUUCCACCUCACAAGGCGCACCAGUUGUUGCAGAGUUUAAAGAUGGACAAUUGGAAAUUGUGGAAAUAGAAUAUGAAAAUAAUGAUCAGGAGUCUGAAGGAAUAACAUAUGAAGGGGCUAGUAAUGAGUUCAAAAUGUGCCAGCCCCUCUCGUGCAUGCAAGUUGUGGACACCACAGGCAAAAGCGGAGUUCUAGAUUUACUCAAUAUGACUCUUAUAAAAUGCUACAAUGAAGAAGGGGAGACAUACCGCUUAGUAUCAAAUAAUACAGAAUGUACCGACUCUGAAACUGUCACCUGUAUAUUAUCUAGUGCAGAGGGAGAUGAACAAAUAGAACAACAGUAUAUGGUAGUAACAGAAGAUAACAGUGAAUAUUUGCAAUCAAACUAUACUGAGAGCCAACCGGAACCGUCUAAAGAGGAAAGUUCUACAAGUCAACACCCAAGUCCACAGUGGGUUUUAGAAAAGGCAAAAGCUCUGCAACAGUCGGAAAGCCUCUUGGCAUGUUUACAACGGAGGGGUCGCAAAGGACGGCGGCGCAAAGGCGAACUGCCUCCUCCACACGAGCUGCUUACGUCUCCUACAUUCAAACUCUACAUUUAUUCCUGCAAAAUGUGCACUUACAAGUGUAACUCAAUUAAAGAACUGCAAGCGCAUAAAGCUGCUGAACACAGCAGCGGAAACAAGGAACGCAGCGGACGUAACUCUAGUAUCGCAUUACAAUGUCCAAAAUGCCCCUUCCGGGGACAUACUCACGCGCAGCUGACAAAACACAUGCAAGACAACCAUACAAAGCGAAAAUUAAAGCAGCAAGACAACAUUAUAUUCAGCGAAGCGAUAAACCUAGACAGUGACGAAGUGAACGCGGCGGACGUCCUCGUUUGCGGCGCUUGCGGGUUCGAGUCCCCGUCGAAAGACGAAUUCAGGAAACACAUAGAAGAAGAGCAUGGGGCGACGGCUUGUUAG